UAAGCUCGCUGUGCGGGCGCCCUUGUUUAACUUUACAAUUCUUGGCCUACCGCCUGAGGCGCGCCCUCUUUACGCUCUUUCAUUACUCUCGUUUUUAAAAUGCACUUCUUGUCUUUCACUUUCUUGUCGCUCCUUGCGCUUGCUUACGCCCGCCCCAUCGCACGUCUCCAGCCCGGCGCUGACACGAUCGCACAAUCCACCAUUUCCGCACGACAGUCCAACUCAACCUCGAACCCCAAAUAUGUCGUAGCCCACCACAUGGUUGGGAACACCUUCCCGUACACCGCGGACAACUGGUCUGCCGACAUCGCCCUUGCCCACUCGGCGGGCAUAGACGGCUUCGCCCUCAAUGUAGGCUCGGACGAAUGGCAGCCCCAGAGGGUAGCGGAUGCGUAUACUGCAGCGCAGAAGUUUGGUCCGGACUUUAAGUUGUUCCUGUCCUUCGAUAUGAGCGCAUUACCUUGCACCACCGCAGAUAACGCCAAUACGCUCCGGACAUAUAUCACGACGUACUCGUCCCACCCUAACCAGCUCAAAUACGACGGCAAAGUCUUCGCAUCGACGUUCGCCGGGGAGUCUUGCAAGUUCGGGCAGGGCUCCGUGGCGCAGGGCUGGUCCUCGCAGUUCACCCAGCACCCGGACCUGACUGGCGCGAACGCGGUAUACUUCGCCCCGAGCUUCUUCGUCGACCCGAGUACAUUCGGGACGUUCAACGGCGUCAUGGACGGGGACUUCAACUUCAACUCGGGCUGGCCAAUCACCCUCACGACGGCCUCGGCGCAGAGCGUCGUUUCUGGCCUGGGCGCGACUCUCCAUAACGGCGGCAAGCGCGCGUACAUGGCCGCCGUCUCGCCCUGGUUCUUCACGCACUACAGCCCGCAGACGUUCAACAAAAACUUCAUCUACCUCGCCGACUCGCACCUCUACCCAACACGCUGGGCGAACCUCGUCGCGGCGCGCGACAAGAUCGACCUCGUCGAGGUCGUGACGUGGAACGACUACGGCGAGAGCCACUACAUCGGCCCGAUCGAGGGCGCGCAGCCGAACAGCCAGGCGUGGGUCGACGGGCUCAACCACACCGGCUGGCUGGACAUGACGUCCUACUUUGCUACGGCGUACAAGACGGGGAGCUACCCCGCGAUCACGAAGGACAAGAUUUAUCUGUGGUCGCGGACGCACCCGCGCGACGCGGACGCUAAUGACCCUGUCGGGAAGCCGUCCAAUUUCGAGCUCACCCAGGACCAGCUCUGGGCAGUCGUGAUGACCACCGCGCCCGCCACCGUAACGCUCAGCACGUCCGCCACCAGCUCGCAGACGUUCAACGUCCCGGCUGGGUUGUCGAAGCUGUCGAUGCCCAUCACGGCCGGCGGGACGAUGAAGGGCGUGAUCUCCCGGAACGGCCAGGACGUGGUGACGCUCCAGCCUGACGGGUUCCAGUUCAACGGGAGCCCGGCGUCGUACAACUAUAAUGCCUUUGUCGCUUUCUCGCAGUAG